GUCCUUUUCCAGUGUUGUGGUCCACCGGCGAAAAAGAAACUACGUCUGGAUCUACAUAGAUAGGCUCAGGAGAUUAUGACAAAUUACAUAAUCACCUAUCAAGCCGAUUCGCAGCAACCGAAUGAAUGUAGUACAGUUUCGGGGAACCAAGACGCUAUGACACCUGUAGAAAGGUGGCGCCCGGCGGAUGCCGCUCAAUGCCAGCGAUGCCAAUCCAUCCGUCCUGAUACACCGACAUCGAACUUCGUGAUUACAGAGACAUUGUCACAACUUUACCCUUCUGUCGUAACAUCAGCUGCCUUGACUACCAGUUUCAUCGAACCUCAGAGAGAAAAGAAGAGGAAGAAAACAAAGAAAGAAAAACAGACACCCAUUAUCACCUGACAACUACGCCGCAAAAUGACAACACGAUACCGAGUUGAAUAUGCACUCAAGACCCAUAGAAGAGACCAGUUUAUUGAAUGGAUCAAGGGUCUUCUAGCGGUGCCAUUCGUGCUCUACUCCCAGCCUACGGGAGUGUUUGAGACGAAUAGCGUCAGCUUUACCAAGAUGUCCGAAGAGGCACACCGGCGGUACGCGGAGAUCAUGCGGGAUGUUGAGUUCAUGCUUGACGAUCACAUAGAGCACCAAAGAGACGGCAACAUGCUGCUCUCAAAACUCAAGCUCCUGGUACCAACUAUAGGCAACUUCUUCACGCGGUUGCCGCUAGAAGCGGCCUUUAAGUAUCAGGACCGAAAGAGAUUCAUCUCCUCCAGGCGUUUUGUGUCGCCCUCGUUCAAUGACGUGCGACUUAUUCUCAACUCGGCCCAGAUCAUGGCCGUGACCACAUACGGAACCCUGCAGUUGGCCACGUUCGAUGGUGAUGUAACACUAUACGAUGAUGGCGAGAGCCUGUUGCCCUCCAGCCCAGUGGUCCCACGCAUGAUCGAUCUGAUGCGGAAGAACGUCAAGAUUGGAAUCGUGACAGCUGCUGGCUACACUACCGCAGAUCGGUAUUAUGGCCGCCUGCACGGCCUCCUGGACGCUAUUGCUACAUCAACGGAACUCUCGCCACAGCAAAGGCAGAAUAUAGUGAUCAUGGGCGGUGAAGCCAACUACCUUUUCGAGUUUGAUGCCAACGCUGAGCACCUCCUCCGACCUGUGGCGCAAGAUCGCUGGCUGACUCCGGAAAUGGCCGCUUGGUCUGACUCUAGCAUCACAGCCCUGCUCGACGUAGCUGAGGCCGCGCUGCGAGACUGUAUCAAGACUAUGGCCCUUCCUGCAGAGGUGAUGCGUAAAGAUCGCGCCGUUGGCAUCAUUCCCACGUCGCCGUCGAUUCGUAUACCACGCGAGUCGCUCGAGGAGACGGUACUAGUCGUGCAGAAGAUCCUGGAACUUAGCGUAGGCGGUCGUGACUUUGAGAAUAAAGUCGUGCCCUUCUGUGCUUUCAACGGUGGACGUGACGUUUUCGUCGACAUCGGCGACAAGAGCUGGGGUGUCAAUGUGUGCCAGAAGUGGUUCGGCGGCAACGGUCCCGCUGAUGAGGGUAUGAUCAAGGGCGAGAACACGCUGCAUGUGGGCGACCAGUUUUUGAGUGCCGGGUCGAAUGACUUUAAGGCACGGAGUGUGGGUACUACGGCGUGGAUUGCAAGUCCUGCUGAGACGGUAGAGUUGUUGGACGAGUUGGCGGAUUUGAUGGGCAAGAAACUUAGCUGAGCUGGACUGGGCUUUACAGUGUGCAUCGCUUUUAUACUUAAUGCAUAAUUAAUCACCUACGAAGUCUCAUUAACUAUAUCACGCAUAUUAUAGUUUCAACUUAGUAAAUAUCGAAAGAUGAUAUUAAAGUGAG